CUUGCGCAAGAAAGUGAAAAAUUUUCAGGUCUCCGGCUGACCGGGAAUUAGAGGUUUUGUAUCGUUGUAAAACUGGAAAAAUACCACUUUUCUGGUGUAGAAAAUGUCGACCUAUCUUGCUCUCCGAGCACUUCUUAGUCCGAUUGCCCGGAAGACGGUGGUACAGAUCCUCUCGACCGGCAAUGGGUUAAAUGUGGUGCGCAGAUCAGCUCCGGCUUUACGAGCGGUACCGGUGCGGUUCUACGCCGAGAAGGAGGUAUUCAAGCGCGACAAACCGCAUUGUAACGUCGGUACCAUCGGUCAUGUCGAUCACGGUAAAACGACCCUUACGGCGGCAAUCACAAAGGUGCUGGCCGACAAGGAUCUGGCGGAGAGCAAAAAGUACACCGACAUUGACAACGCGCCGGAGGAAAAGGCGCGCGGUAUCACGAUCAAUGUGGCGCAUAUCGAGUAUCAAACGGAAAAUCGCCACUACGGCCAUACGGACUGUCCGGGGCAUGCGGAUUACAUUAAGAACAUGAUCACCGGUACGGCACAGAUGGACGGUGCGAUCUUGGUAGUGGCCGCAACAGACGGUGCGAUGCCUCAGACUCGCGAACAUUUGCUGCUGGCGAAGCAGAUUGGUGUCAACCACAUUGUUGUGUUCAUCAAUAAGGUGGACGCCGCUGACCAGGAGAUGGUCGAUCUGGUGGAGAUGGAAAUUCGUGAGCUUAUGUCGGAGAUGGGCUUCGAUGGUGAUAACGUGCCGGUCAUCAAGGGAUCGGCGCUCUGUGCGCUGGAAGGCCGUGAACCGGAGAUCGGUGCCAAUGCCGUUAUGAAACUGCUCGAGGAGGUGGACAAGUACGUGCCGACGCCGGUUCGUGAGCUGGACAAACCAUUCCUGCUGCCGGUGGAAUCCGUGCACAGCAUUCCUGGUCGUGGUACUGUAGUUACCGGACGUCUGGAGCGUGGUACGCUCAAAAAGGGUCAGGAAUGUGAAUUCGUUGGAUAUAAUAAGGUGAUCAAAUCUACCAUCACUGGCAUUGAGAUGUUCCACAAAAUCCUCGAGGAAGCACAUGCCGGUGAUCAGCUUGGUGCGCUCGUGCGUGGCAUCAAGCGCGAUGACAUUAAACGUGGUAUGGUGAUGUGCAAGCCGGGUACCAUGAAAGCCAACGAUAACUUCGAGGCGCAGGUGUACAUUCUCAGCAAGGACGAAGGUGGUCGCCACAAACCCUUCACCAGCUUCAUCCAGCUGCAGAUGUUCUCGCGUACGUGGGAUUGUGCGACGCAGGUGCAAAUCCCGGGGAAGGACAUGAUCAUGCCGGGUGAGGACGCUAAGCUGCAGCUGAGGUUGAUGCGCCCGAUGGUGCUAGAGCAGGGACAACGGUUCACGCUGCGCGAUGGACACAUUACCCUCGGUACCGGGGUGGUCACAAAGCUACUCAAUCCUCUCACCGAAAAAGAGCGGCUGGCACUGACGGAAGGCAAGAAAGCCCGCGAAAAGGCUGCCAGUGGCAAGGCGUAAAAUCGCUGCAACGGUGCUUUUAAUGUGAAAGUAUGUUUAAUGUUAAGGAACGGAGAAUUUAAGCUAGUUGUUUAGAUGGAAAACCUAUUCGGAAAUGAACCGCCCCGAUUACUCUGCGGGAAACUAACCAAUCUAUUGUGUAUUACAACU